GUGAAGGCAGUAGCGUUGAGGUGGUCGUGUGGUGAGGAUGGUGUCCGCGAAGGCAGUGUGUGUGGCGACCUUGGUGGUGUGGUGUGCGGCGUCCCUACAGGUGCAUGGAGGAAAAAUCAAAUUCCCGGGAGAAGUGGAGGUGAGGGAGGAGACGAGGGAAGUGGAGGAGGAAGCGGGGGAGAGAAGACAGGUGGAGGAGGGACUGGAGGGAGAUGCGGCAGGGAGGGGCCUUUGGGAGAGUGAUUUGUUUUUCCUCCAAAAAUUAUCAGGUCUUUUUGGAGGAGACGAGAAGGACGUGAGGAGGAAAGGCGGGGGAAUAGCAGGAGGAGGAGGAGGAGGAGGAGGAGGAGGACUAGGAGGAAGGCCCCCACGUCCCUACCGCCGCAAGAUCCCUCCUCCCUCCUCUCAACUCCGCCCAGAGCUUCUUCCUCCACAAAUUCAGACCAACAGGAGAAAUGGAGGAGGGAAAAGACCAGUAUUCCUCCCUCCUCGCCAUCCUGCUUCCUCCUCCCCCCUCCUCCUCCUCCACCACCUCCCCCGCCCUCCUCCCUCCUACCCCCCCACAGGAAGGCGGCCUCAGACCCCCUCCCCCCUCACCACGGCUUCCCGGCGUUGGCCAGUCUUCCCCCUCCAAGCCAAUCAGGAUUUCCAGGAGGGCUCCCCACCAGAACCCCACCUGAAGCCAUCUAAGCCCCUGCAGCCCCUACCCCCCCGCCAAAUCGCCGCGCAGCCCCCAGGACGCCCCCAGCAGCACCCGAAGACUAGUAGGCCAAAGAAACCUAGUCUGUGGGGGAGCCCUGCAUCCUUCACCACGUCACAGCUACAGCAAGAUCCACAGAAGAGACACCCACAGCAAGGGCAGCCGCCGCACCACAACAGGCCACGCCCACAGCCACAGCGGGUCUUCAUACCCCCUCAGAAAAUCAUCCAUAAGAAAGAGAUCACGUCAGGAAAUAUUGGAGGACCGCCCCACGUCAAUAUCCCCUUCAACCCAAGCCCGCAGGAGGGGAAGAGUGACUCUGACGCCUUCCAGCCCGUGUUCGUGGCCUCCCCCUUCUUGGACGAUCUAGGAGAGGACGUGAUGAAGCCCAUGGUGGCUGAAGGAGGGGCGUGAUUUCACCACAACGCCGCCCCACCACGCCCCGCCAGCCGGUUCUCGAGGACUUUUUCUGAGUGUGUGUGUGUGUGUUUGUGUGUGUGUGUGUGUGUGUGUUGUUAUUAUUGUUAAGCACGUCGUUAGCUAUAAUAAAGUGAAUUUCCGUAUUUUGUAACAGUGAGAGAGAGAGAGAGAGAGAGAGAGAGAGAGAGAGAGAGAGAGAGAGAGAGAGAGAGAGAGAGAGAGAGAGAUAC